AAGACUUCUGUCCCGCUAAAUUAGACGAAACACAUUUCCAACUCAUUGCCACCUGCUUCUUUGUAUCGAGAAGAUAUCCUUCAAAUUCACAGAGAAAAUGUGUAACAGAUGACUGACAUUUCUACAAAUUGAAGUGACAAAAAUAAAGUUUUCAAUAUUUUCAUCUCACAUAACCUAAUGCAAUGUUUCUUAUUAUUCUCCUGAAGGUCGGGUACGAUUAAAAAAAAAAAUCGAUUAUCUACCUUGGCCACAAUGAACACCUGGCGGAACCAACAGCUAAAAAGAACGCGAUUUUCAUUUUUUAAUUACAAGUUUAUAGCAGUCUUUUAAAUUAAGCUGUGUGAAUUUCAAAGAGGAAAGCAUGAAAUGCGUAAAUUGACAAAAAGAACCACUACUUUUAAGAAGAAAGUGAAAUUACCACACAAUGCAUUGCAAAGAACUACAAUUGACAGAAGGGAAAAUAGUAUAAUAAAAAGUUUAAUUCAAAAAAGUCCACCAACAUUUACAAUUCGUAAUAAUGAAUCUGCAAGUUGGGCUGAACAAAGUGGUGGUACAACGACACUUUCAUGGCCCGAAGAUAUGGAAGAAGUGGCCACUAAACGUGUCACUCAACAAUGGAAUGCUGUGGAAAGAACACUUUACAAUGAAAACGAUCAACUUCCACUUGGUUCAUCUUUCGAUGAAUGCCUACAGUGGCAAAAUCAAUUGCCACACUUAAGAAUUGUUGGUAAAAAUCUUGAAAAAAAAGAAACAGAAGAGACUGAAAACAAUGAAGAUUCUACAUUGAAGAAAAAGCAACAGGAUUUUGAAACUCAAGAGACAAACGAAAUUACCUCGAAUAAUAAUUUUUUACUAGAGGACUCAGAAGGUUCAACAUCAGAAAAACACAAACGUGCUCGAGAAGAUGUUGUUGAUGAACUCAUGGAAUAUGUAAAUUCCGCUCUAAUUCUUCGAGACGACAUUGAAGAAGAGAAUAUGUUAAGUCACGAUUUAGAGGAACUACUGACAAUAACUCCAGCACCAACAAAUAAUUUUCGUAGUACUUUUAGUUCUACAAAACAAAUUUAUCGUGAUGACAAUUUUCAAAAAUCUGAUUCUGAUAAAGCCUCAUGUAAAAUAAAAACCCAUAUUGAAACAAAUGACACGGACAAAUCUUCUUGGAAUCGUCGAACUGCUAUAUCGGCAAGAUAUCCAACAGUAGAAACAAGUCACAAGAGUGAAAGACCCAUAACUCCGCAAUUAAGUAGAAAUAAAACGGGUAUGAUUUUUAAUGAAAAAAUAGUCGUCAGUCCAGUACCAUUUGUUCGUUCAACGAGAGAAAGUUUUUGUACUCUACAAACAGCUCCAAUUCAAAUUUUAGGACAAUCAACAAGUACAACAUGGAAUCGAGGAAUGAAUAGACAAAUUAAUUCUGGACGAAGAUUAGUUUCGGGGAGAAAAACGAGUCUGAUGCGAGAACCACAAAUUCAUUCGGCAUGGCAGCCACCAGUUUGUCCCACAAUAUGGCCAAAAAACGUGAGACUUGCUCCAAUUGAUUCUAGCCGACUGCCUAAUUCUAAACAGAGAACAAUAUCAACUGCUACGCCUCAACGUGGACGAGGUUCAUUGAGUCCAAUUCCUCAAACAACGCUGCCAAUUUCAUUGCAAAAAUCAAAUACAAAUCCAAAGGAACUUUUAGAAAUACAUGGUACUCAUAUUCUUGGACAAUCGCAAAAAAAUGAUGAGCUCAAAUCAAAUUUUAAUCAAACUCCAAAGCAUAAAAGCAGCGGAAGAAAGAAAGCGCGACAUAAAAUCGAUAAUGUGUGAUUGAAAAAAAAAAAAUUUUGAUUUCUCAAAUUUUCAACGUUCAUAAAAAGGAAUUUUUAAACUUGUUAAUUAAUGCACUAAUUAAUUAAUUUCAAUUCUUAAUUACUGGAUUAUAAGAACAAUUUUUUAAUGUUCAAAUCUUAUAUAGUUAAUUAAAACCGAUAUACUGUUCUUUUA